GGUCAGUAAGGGUACCCUGAGGGCAGCCUUUCUGUUCAAAAUGCUUCCGAAGGCGCUCUGGUGUGAUGUACGGUGGUAGAUUCUUUACAAUGAGACGGGACAUGAAAACCUAUGAAAAUUCGAUGAAAAAACUGGGUUAAAAUAAUUCAAGCUCCGCCCGGAACUAACGGUCCGAAGGCAAUAAAUCCACUCCACAAGACGAGGGCGGUCCUUUUCUCUUUUUCUCUAUAGCUCUGGCUGCAUUCAACCCCUCCUUCAAGUAUUUCGACAUGUUCGCUUCACUGAACCGUGUCGCGCGCUCCGUAUCCAUUUUUCACAAUCCUGCUUCACCCCCAUCUCUAAAGGCUCUUGAACUUCUUCAGAAGGCAGUAUCUGGACCUUAUCCUCCUGACACAGCUUCGAAUCCCCCUCUUUACUUCAAUUUGGAUGUCGUGGAAGGACCACCAACUAAGGAUCAGCUAGAAACUAUCUCGUCAUAUGUCAAGACAUCUGGGCAACAACCUGCCUCCUCUAUAUUCCUUUCAGCCCAUCCUUCAUCUCCUUAUGAUGGUAAUCAGCCUCUCACAUUUGGCGGUGUCGCUCAGGCCAUUUCGCACAACCCAAACGCGCUCAAAUGGCCCAUCGUAGUUGAUUGGUUUGGUGGAAAGGCCAGUGUAGGCGAUGUUGAAGGAGUCAAGAAGAUUCUAGAGGAUUUAAGGAGGGAGCGAGAUGAAGUACGUCCAGAGGAGAAGGUCGAGACAUCCGGUAAGAGCUGGUUCAAGAUAUGGUAAACAAAGGGAAAGGGAAAUCAAGCAUUUAUCAUACUGUACAAGUACA